AUGAAGUCGAGUGCGACCGAAAUCACUGACGACGAUUUUGAAAAAGUUUUUAAAAAAUCCUUCCGACAACAACAAAAAAUUAAGAAGACGAAAUUGCCCGACUCUUCAUCACCUCUUUCACAAGAUGAAAUCAAUAAACUCCUUGCAGAAGAACACGAGAAAAGAGAAAAACAGAAAGAGUCCACGAAAAAAAUGAUUGAAGAAUAUGCGAAAGAGACAUCCCCCACAAGCGGGACCUUCAAAACUAUACAGCACGACCUUUUUAACUUUCAAGAGGAGAAAAAGGACAAAAUAGACAAGAAAAUUGAGUGCGAAAUACCAAAGAAAUGUCAACACGCAAUCGCAACUCCAUGCAAAACUUUAACUACAAUUUCUGUUCACAAAAGUGGCGAUUUGGUGGCGUGUGGGGGGAGUGAUGGCGUUGCAUACAUAUACUCCAUUUCUUCUCGAAAAUUGGUUGCAAGUUUAUUGGGCCACCACUCCACCAUUCCGCGACUCUCUUUCUCCGACAACACUGUAGUGACUGUUUCUUUAGAUGGAACUUUGAAAGUAUGGGAUUUGAAUGCGCAAAAGAUAUCGUGUGGGUUUUCUGUUCUUCCAGAUCUGACUGCAGAGAAAUUGGCAUAUAAAAACAUGGCAAUUUGUGAUGACAAGAUCUUUGCUGGCUGUGUCAAUGAACGUAUAUAUCAAUACGACCAACGUGUGCCAACACACGUCGAUGAGUACGUUGUCAGUUCAAUUCCCCUUGACGUGGCUUCCUGUGGAAAGGGGAUUAUGUGUUCUUGUGAAGAUCGUGUCGUAAGAUAUUUUGACUAUGGGAGUGGUUCUGUGACAAAGAGUGUUCAAGACCCUUCUGUAGAGACCAUAUCCUGUCUUACAGAUUACAAAGGAAAGUAUGUUCUUGGGCAGUCCAUGAAUAACUCGAUAGUCUCUUUCAGAGGUGAUCCGUUUAGGAUGAUGGCUGGAAGAGUGUUUCGCGGGCAUUACUGUGGUGCUUGGUCCUGCCGCCCUUCAUUUUCGAGUGACGGUCAAUUUGUUGUGUCUGGGGAUGCUAAUGGGAAGAUCUUCAUGUGGGAUUGGAAGAAGGGGAAGGUAUUAAAAUGCUAUACAAAGGCUCACAAUGGGACUGUCGCUGAUGUUGCAUGGAAUCCUGUCAUUGGUAAUCAGUGUGUGUCUUGUGGGUGGGAUGGUAAAAUUAAUAUAUGGAAUUGA